AUGAAAACAUGCUACUAUAAACUACUAGAAGUUUCAUCAACUGCAUCAGAUUCUGAGUUGAAAAAGGCCUAUAGAAGAAAAGCUCUACAACUACAUCCUGAUAAGAAUCCAGGUAAUGUUGAAGACGCCAACCACAAAUUUUCCCUCGUAUCAGCAGCUUAUGAAGUUCUUAGUGAUCCCCAAGAACGUGCAUGGUACGACUCGCAUAAACUGAGUAUAUUGAAUGAUGAAGAUGUUGUUGAUGAUGGUGUAUCUCAUAUCCCUUCGAUUUCCAGUGAUGAAAUUUUACGAUACUUCAACCCUAGCAUGUAUUCAACAAUUGAUGAUACGAUUCUGGGGUUCUAUUCUAUUGUUAGUCGGAUAUUUGAACGAUUGGCUCGGGAAGAGAUCCAACAUGGUAGGUAUCAAAACAUUGAUGAAUACUACAAGUACAAAGAUGAUGAUAAUAACGUCUACACUAUUGAUUCAAGUUAUUUGAAAUAUCCAUUAUUUGGCAAUAGUCAUGCCGACUACUUAUCCAUUAAGCAAUUCUAUCAAAUUUGGUCCAAUUUCACCACUUGUAAACUGUUUAAUUGGAAAUAUGAAUAUCGUUAUUCAACAGCUCAAGAUCGACGUACAAGAAGAUUAAUGGAACGGGAAAACAAAAAAAUUAGCGAUGAGGCUCGUAAGGAGUAUAACGAAACGGUAAGGAAAUUUGUUGGAUUUAUCAAAAAACGAGAUCCACGAGUUAAAUUAGCUCAAGAUGAAUUUAAUAAACAACAACGUAAGAAACAAAUGGAAGAAAUGCAACAACAAAUUCGUCAUCAGAAGUUGAUGAAACAAAAACAGAAAUUGAAUGGAGAUCAAGUAUAUCAAGAACAAAGCUGGCAGAAGUUGGAUGAGGAAGAAGUGGCUGAAUUAGAGCAAAUGUUGGCAGAAGAGUAUGAUCUUGAUGACGUAGUGGUGGGGACAGGUGAAGCAGAGGAUUUCAGUACGGAUUCAGAAUUCGCCAGUGAUGAUGAAGAAGAUUUCGACGAUGAGAAUGGUGCAGUCGAAGAAGUUCAUGAGUUUGAAUGUAUUGUUUGUGAUCGAAUUUUGAAAAAUGAACAACAGUUUAAAAUUCAUGAAGAAAGUAAAAAACACAAGAAAGCGGUUCGGCAGAUGAAAUGGGAGAUGAAACAAGAAGGUAUUGAUUUGGGUAUUGAUGAGGAAGAUGACGAUGAUGCAUUUGAAACUGCUGAAAGUGAUUUUAAUGAAGGGAGUGUUGAUACUGAAUUAAGUCACGGCAUCCAAGACAAUGAAAUUGAUGCUCUCGAUGGCACCAAAGUAGCAAAUGAUUUUACGGGAGAAGCUGAUAUUGAAAAGGAGAAGACUAAUGGAUCGCUCAAGGAGAAUCGAGAAAGUAAUGGCAAAUCCAUUGAUCUGCUGGAUGUAAGCAGACUUGAUGAUGAGAAAUCUAACAGUGCAAAAUCCCCAUCACCUGCACCUCCCAAACUAACCGAUGAGGAAAUUGAAAAGAACAAACUAGAAGCUGAAUUGGCAAAACUCCUCAACCAAUCAAAAUUGGAUGAUUCUGAUGACGAUUGGGAUACCGGUAGUAAAAAGAAUAAGAAAAAGAAGAAGAAAACAUCAGCAAAGACGAAGCUUAGUUCAACAUCAUCACCUCAGCCUGAACAAUCACAGAAGGGGACAUCGAAUGAGGAGACGACAUCUAUUGCCUCUUCUAGUGGUGAAAAAUGUGUUGUUUGUGGACAGUCGUUUGAUUCACGAAAUCAAUUAUUUCAACAUGUCAAACAAGAAAAUCAUGCUGUUGCUCCAUCUUCUACAUCAAAAUCGAAAAAGAAGAAAUCCAAACGUAAAUAA